UGAAGUUAUGCUGCGACAGUGAUUUUGGACUUUGUGUUCGAGUAUAAACCUUUUGAAACGGCGUCCAUACUUACUCCUGAAUUAUUAGCACACAAGUAAGAUGUUCUUGUUCGUUCGAAACGCUGCUACAGUUGUUAUUUCUCAAGGCAAAGCUGUGGAAAAUGUUUUCAUCGCGGGUUUUUAACCGUGGCAACGUUCAGAAACAAUGCAGCCCGUUAGCUAGCGGCUCUCCUUGGUGAGGGUGGCACUGCAAUAUACGAAUGCUUCAGGUACAUUUCAUCGCGAAGAGGGUCACGAUAUGGUCAUUUAUCUUAAAUGUUCAAGUGUCAUGUUUGCUUCCACCUCCUUCAUAUUGGUGUCACAAUGUAACCCGGCGCGAGACUCAGCAUGCCGUUGUGUUGGAGUCCAAUGCUCCACAUCAGCCGAGUUAUGACGGUACAUCUGGGCAAGCAUCAUGGCACACAACACUACCACCUCUUCCGUUCUCGGAGCCACAGGAGAGGCUCUCCAGUAUUCAUGUGAGGAAACAUGACCCUGGUGGGAAAGCAGCAGCUCUAACAUUGCUUCACAUGGAUGGUAUGAUGGAAGUCAUGGGGCCCACAGUGUUUUGUGCAGAGGGCCCACUCUCUUCUUCAGCUCCUGCUGAUCCAUGGGGACACUCCUUUUACACUUUGUUUACCUACAUGACAAACAUCUUGCACGUGCGGAGCCGCAGAAGCACACUCACCAGAUACAACCUGGGCCACACUCUUCCUCAGAUUCAGAGCGUGCCCCCUCCAGCUGCAUUUGGGGUUAAAUUUCACAAGUGUGCACAGGUGAAGCUUGACACGGAUCCACCUCAGCUGACAUUCUCCCUGCUGAUUCAUAACAUGGGCCCAGUGGGUGGCACCAACUUGUCUCAGGUGGCUAUCCGGGACUCCAUAUCUGGAAUAGUACCCCUAAAAACUGAAGGCAGGGUGGUGGAAAGAGGCUACCAGACAUUUGCCAUUGAUUCACUGUCUGCUGGAUCCCAGGUUGUUGUCAACUAUACUGCUCACAUAAGGAGUCAUAAGAGUGAAGUCCUGGACCUUCCAGCUUUUCUCACCUUCUCUAACGCCUCACAGAAUGAUGUCAGUAUGUUCGGUCCACUGACAGCUAAUCUUACUUUGAGGGUGAAUUCCACUGACAGAAUUUAUCCUAACCAUGGGGUCCAUUUUGCUGGAUUUGUUGUGGGGUUCUUGGUCACAUUGGUGCUGCUGUCACUGGGAUUUCUGGCCUUGAACCUGAUAGGUCCCAGAACCAGGCUAAACCUUCUUCAGCAAAGGAGAAAGAGAGCUGAUUCAGACCCAGAGUAUGCAGACUGCAACAUGAGUGAGACGGUAAAAGAUGAGGCAACAUUUGAAGACAAAAUGGUGGACACUAUGGUGCUGGAGGAUCCCCAGAACAUGUACCAGGCUUUGGAAAACCUUGAAAUGUCUACUCUGCUGCGUGCCACCAAUAACCUGGAGGCCUCCCGGAUUCAGAUCUAUAAGGACAUGAUGUCCUCCCUGCUGGGUGGCCUGCGGUCCCGGGGCCAGGCCAGUGUCCAGGCCCAGCAGAGGCUCCUCAGUGUGCUCCAUGGACAGCUGCUGGGUAUGGAGGGUCGGCUGAAGGAGGAGCGAGGGGCCCGCAUGGCUGCUCUGGCCGACCGGUGUAACCUAGAGACUCGCGAAGAGAUGGAGGCAGAGCACCGCAGAGAAGCUGCUGAGAAGGCCCAGGCUGAGCUGCUGUGCCAGCAUGCAGACCAACAGGAGCUCCUCCACUGCAGCGUCCUCCUGGAGAAGUUGCACAAGCUCAGCCAGAGUCAGCUCCAGCGCAUCCUGCUGGUCCGACAUGAAGAAGCCUCGGCGAAGGUCCAGAGGGAGAUCAUCGAGUGGCGCCGGGUGGAGCUGCACAAGAUUUUCUCUGAGGAAGUGGAGGAGGCCACCAGGAUGGGCGAGUUGGAGAAGAGCACAGCCAAGAGCCUUCAGCACGAUUACUUUGCCUGUCAAGAUCAGCUAGAGGAGGUGCUGGAUGUGGUCCUUGCCAACCAGCGCUAUGUGCUAGCUGAACGCCAUGCUCAGAGAAAGUUCUUGGUGCACAGCCUUCACAGCCUCAACAGCCUGAUUUCUGACACCUUCUCUAGCACCUCCAGCAAUUUAGACAGCUGGUUUACUCACAUCAGGAGAGGGAGCAUCAUACCUUCAGAGCAGAUAGACCAGCUCCAGGAGACAGCCCAGAAAGAGCUGGUGAUGGUGAGGCAGAGACUGGAUGAGGCACUGAGCCAGGAGAGGAGAGCCAUGCGCUGUGGACUGAUUAAGAAGAGGCGGGAGCUCAUCUCUGACAUGCUGCGGGUCCACAAACAGAGACAGAAGGAUCUGUCAGGUCUGUCCAAGGGUCUGGAGGGAAGGAUAGAUGUAGACCAGCACCUGCACUGUUGGCAGAGCUUACUGACAGCUCACAGUUUGGAGCUAGCAGAGCUCAUCAACAACCUGGAUGAGGAGGCUGCCGCUGACAUCCGCAAGGUGACCAUGCGUGUGAUCCAGGGUGCCAUAACAGAAGUAAAAGCCAUCCAGCCCUCUGCAACCCAGGCCCUGCUAGCACUCUUACCUACAGGGGCGCAACGCUCGGUGCUACUGCAGGUAGAACCAGAGGCGGGACAAGGAGCAAGCACUCUUCUGCAAGGCCAGGAAAAGUUGCACCAGGAAGGCAAGGCGGCCUUACGCACCCUCAGCUGCACCAGGGAGGCUCUGCAGAAAGCCAUGGAGAAUGAGCUGCAGGUGCAGAGGGAGCUCAGGGCGCGCUGCAGAGCUUUCUUCAGUUGUUUAUGUUCAUCCCAGUUAACUCUGUGCGAAGACGACCGGCUCAGGAUGAAACUAGAGUUCCAGAAGUGUCUCUCUGUGAUGGACCGCUGCCUGGUGCUGCCUCACGCUGUCUCCAGAACCAAGCUCCACACUGCUCUGGCAGCUUGGAGAAAGGAGAGCGAGCCACAGAUGAUGAAUAUGCUAUCCAAGGGGAAAACCAGCGAGGCCAGACAGAAAACAGGCACAUCUGAGCUGCUGCUUUUCCAAAAAAGGCUCGAGGACAGAAUCCAACUGUUUGAGAAGGAGAAGGAGAUGGAGAGUGGUGUCAUGAACAAAGUAAUGGAGGAGAUGCAGUUGGAGAGAGAGGAUGAUUUGCGCUCUCAGGCUGACAGCCUGGCCAUGCAGAUGGCCACCAUCCACUACCAGAAGGCUGAGAGGAGGACCAAAGUCUUGGAGACCUCCAGAGCAAUGCUCACUCUGCACAGCCUGCUCAUUCAGCAGCUGCGGGAAAGAAAGAGCCUGGAGAGACAAGACAUGGCCCAGAGUAUACAGAGCCACUGCUUGGGCCUAGAAGAAGCAGAACAACAGCUUCAGAAGGAGAGGACAGAGUUGGCCAUCCUGCAAAUGUCUCAGUGCAGACUCAGGUCAAAUCCAACGCAGAGAGAGGGCUUUGAUGAGGGCGAGGAGGAAAGCAAGGAGGAGCGGCUGUUUCAGCUGCAGCAGGAUUGCAGGAUGACGUCCAUCCUCCAGGAGGCACUGUACAAGUGUGAAGAGGUCAUCGCACUGUUGGCUGAGAGGUCUCAAGAAAUGACUGCCAACAGUCAAGCCAUGGAAGAUUUAAAAGAACAAACGGGGCUCAGGAGACUUUAUGCAAACUGUGACCAGGAUCUGGAGUUUGCGUCUCAGCUGGUGAAGCAGAGUCAGGUGUCUGCCGAGGUUCUCCUGGAGGCCCUGCGUCUCCUCCUGCCCACACUGCCUGAAAGUGAACUCCUUUCCAUCACCGAUGCCCUCUGCCCCAAACAGCACCCUGUUUCAUCAUCUGCAGAGCAGGAACAUGCAGGGUGUGCUGGGGGGUGGAACAGACUUCUUCCCAUCAAACUGAGAGAAGACGUGGUGCAUAAAAAUAUGCUAAAUAUGCCGAGCUGCACUGUGGAACGAGAGAGACUCCAGGAAAAGAGGCAAAGUCUGAUGGAAAAACUGCUCCCCAGAUCCCGUCUCUCGGUUUCAAGAGAUGUUGCCCCACUGCUGGUUGAAGAGGAAGGAAAGGAGGCGAGUUUUACUAAAGCACAGCAGCAUAUUUAUAAGUCAAGCACGGUUACACAGCAGCACAGUGCCACUGCAAAGCAAAGGGCCGUGGACACACAGAAUGAAACUUUACACAGCACAGCAGAGGAGUAUGCGACGCAGCGUCACACUGGAGAAAGGCUCUUUGUGUUUCGGGAUCCACCUGAAUCAUGUGACCGCGUGGAUGCUCCUAAAAAAAAGAAGAAGAACUUCCUCAAUCUGAAGAAAUGCUCAGUGGCUCCAACAAACCUACCUUGAGAUUUACAAACAUUGUGUUUUUAUGCUGAUAUAUGAUCAUACUAAUAUCCAAAAUAAACUGGUAGUUGUACGAUGUAGCAAAAGGUUUUCUGUGCCUUUCUGAAUGUAUGUAAGUAAGUUUUAUGUAAAGGCAGCUGAUUUGUCUCCAGAGUUGUUUCCUUGCUUCAUACAAGUGUUGCACCAGUUCAUCACUUACAAUGCUCUUGUCUAGAAUGGAUGUCUUUUAAAGUACAGAUUUACUGAAAAGGUUAAACUUUACAGAUUAGUUUUUUUUCCUUUUCCUUUAUGUAGUCUCAGUGUGUACAACAUUAGUGUCAAAGACUCUUAAUCAUGUGAAAAACUGCAGAUAUUGGGAUAUUUUGUGGUUUGAUGUAAAGAUGGUAAACAUUGAAAAUGCACAGGCACAUGAAAUGUUGAAUCUUUGAUGUGCAACAGUUGAAACUCAUUUUGUAAAAUAAACACUUUUGUGU